CUGGGGACAACAUUGGACGUAACACACAACAUUGGCUCUUCCUCAAACUGGAAACCCUGACGAAGUUUGGUUUGCAUUUUAGAAUUUGAUACAUUUUCAAACAAAUAUAGCCAGCCUGUUUUAUACAGAUACUACGAUAUUCCUGUGUGUACAUUUAGCGAGAUAAAGUCUCAUGUCCCGCCCACAACAUGAAGCCAAAUUCAUCAGCAAGUUGCCAGGCUUCCAGACCUAUCCCAUCUGCUCUGGUAACUAACUACAGUAUUUAGAGGAAGAGAUCAACAUGUUUUCUGAGGAGGAGCAUUCUCAGACUUCCUCUUCUUCCCCUCCCUCCUCCUCACUUCCCCUUGUCUCCCACUUCAUUGGGAAGAAGGACAACAUUGUCAAGGCCGGACGCAUGACCACCAUGGUGAAUGGCUGCAGAGACAUACUGGUCCUGUACCACCAGGGGCAGCUUCAUGCAAUGGACAUGCGCUGCUACCAUUCAGGUGGUGCAUUACAAUAUGGAGACAUUGAGGAGUUUAAUGGGCGGCUGUGUAUUGUGUGUCCGUGGCACAAGUACAAGAUCACACUCGCAGAAGGGGAAGGGCUUUACCAAGCUGUGGAUGAUCCCACAGCCAAACCCCUGAGAAAACACUGGCGCUCCAAGGGUGUCAAACAGAGGAUUCACAAGGUCACUGAGGUCAACGGGAAUGUAUACGUAACACUGAAUGACUCAAACGAGGCCAUCGAGUCAGAUGUCUAUCAGACUGAGAGAUAUAGGACUGGCUUACUCAAGGCACAGCCAAAACCCACGCCCAAGAAAUAACCAGACAUUUAAGGAUUUCAUAGAGAUUUAUGAUUAUUCAACCCAAAAUACAUAAAUGCUUUAAAGAGAA